CGUUAUAAAGCGGAAAGCUCAGCCUUUCGCUUCAGAUCGGCAAAAGCUCCGACCGCUGCGCGCACCAGCCGCCAGACAACCAGGACCAGAACCUGCUCCCAGCUAUGACCCUGCUGCUGCUGCUGCUGCUGCCUUCACCUGGAUUAACUCUCAGCUAACUUCCGCACCUCGGUCGUACCCCACUCAACCAGAGCGCCGCUCCGCUGUGACCAGCAGCCUCCUCGGCGGGUUCUCCCGGUACCUGCUGCCCCACUCCACCCUCCCACUCUCAGCUGUUCUCCUGCAGUCAUGGGGUACGUUGCGUCCUUUUUGCCUGGUCAGCUGAGGGGCUUGACCGCGCUGUGAGGGGAACACCAGGUGGAUUCAUGGUCGUGAGAGCUGAAGCCAUCACUCGAGGGAAUUAGUGGAAGUUUGAGCUCCGGGAGGAUGCAGGUGACGUCUUGGUGCGCCGUGUUCCUCCUGACGCCCGCUCUCUGUCUGAUUACAAGUGUCCAAGCCUCAAGGUCAGACAUUGUAAAGACAGGACACCCCAAGUCCAUGCCAAAGCAUAUAUGGACAGAAAAUGGGAAGGAAAUGUCCAUCAGCAGGCUCUUGUCACAGACUCUACAUGGCAACAAGAACAGUACUGCUUUGGACCUUCACUAUAACACCCCAGAGCCCUACUCAGAUCAAGACCUAUGGGAUUGGCUGAGAAACUCCACAGACCUGCAGGACUCGAGGCCUCGAGCUAAACGGCGGCCCAUGGUUAAGACAGGAAAGUUCAAGAAGAUGUUUGGCUGGGGGGAUUUCCAUUCCAACAUAAAGACAGUGAAACUCAACCUUCUUAUUACUGGGAAAAUUGUGGAUCAUGGCAAUGGUACCUUCAGUGUGUACUUCCGCCACAACUCAACUGGCCAGGGGAAUGUAUCGGUCAGCUUGGUCCCUCCAACAAAGAUAGUGGAGUUUGAUGUGGCAGCACAGCAGUCGGUCAUUGAUGCAAAAGACUCCAAGUCUUUCAACUGCCGAAUAGAAUACGAGAAGGUGGAAAAGGGUGCAAAGAAUACGCUCUGCAACUUCGAUCCAUCUAAGACCUGCUACCAGGAGCAAACCCAGAGCCAUGUUUCCUGGCUCUGCUCCAAACCUUUCAAGGUUAUCUGCAUCUUCAUUUCCUUCUACAGCACUGACUACAAACUGGUGCAGAAGGUGUGCCCAGACUACAACUACCACAGUGACACUCCCUACUUCCCCUCUGGCUGACAUUCUCAAAUGCAACACAGGCAAUUCAAUAGAUGAUUGGAAGAAAAACUGGGGACUCUUCCCAUUUCAGAGAAAUCUGUAUGUUCACCAUAACAUCCCACAACAUGUCUGCACCAUUCUGUAUAAUUUUGUUUUUCUUCAUUGAUUAUUAAAAUUGUUUAGAAGGAGCAUAUCAUUUGAAAAUGUCAAACCUAGAUAUAUAGAACUGUAAGAUGCUUAAAAUGUACCUGGAAAAACUGUGUGAAAACUGAUUGUUUGCUGUUAGAAUUUCCCCUUUGAAUUAUGUUAUGUAUCUCCUCAGCCUGGGUUAUAAUGGAGAGGCUUAUUGGUCCAGUUGGGGCUGUAACUGUCACUGUUAAACUUUAUCCUACUUGUUCACUGUGUUUAUUUAUUAACCCCAAAUCUAUCAUAUUUUCAUAUUGGUUUUUUUUUCACUUUUCACAAUGGAUUAACUCUCUGGCCAGCAGGAUCUGAAAUUAUUGCCUCUGCAGUGCACUUUUAAGCUCCUCUUUGUUCUUACAUAACUGGAAAGCAAAUUUAAUUAAGUCAUUCUGAAACAAUAAAGGAUACUCUACAGUCGAUAUUACUGAAACUGCAAAACAGUUAAUGACGAAUUAAAUGUGAGUUUGGUGGUUUUAGAAAUGUAAGAUGGUCUUUCCUGCCAACAGGGUGAACCAGGACUAAGCAAACUCCUUCACUCAAGUCCAGUUGAAUUGUAUGCUACUAAUGUCAAUCCUCAGUUGUCCUCAGUAUGCUUUUGAGUGAAGCCAGGAUGUUGUGUUUAGUGGAUGACUGGCUGACUUACUGAAUGUUGUCAUUGACUGACUGAAUGAUCAUUCACGAAAGGGAUGGAUGGUGGGUUGAGCUUCCUCAGUCUGAAUUAAUAUAUCAACUGUAAUGUACUAAAAUCUAUAUCUUAGAGCCUAAUUUGUAUGAAUGAUUUGUACUGUACAUAGUUUAUCCAAAUUCUGCUGCUUCUGUACACGUCCCCACAUGAGCUGUGUGUUUACCCCUUCCUGCUCUUGUUCACCCCAUUAUAAUGCUUGUUCUUGGUUCCUCUAUCAGAUACAAUGAUGUUGAUGCCCUAGAUGUGAGUUUCAUGAAAACAACAAUUCUGUACACAAAUUGUAAAACUGACUAAAUAUAAUAAAACUAUUCUCAGAAUUA